AUGGCGUCACUUGUCCCUCUAUCAGAAAUCCCAACCGCGUCUCUACUAUACAAACUCAAGCGCUUAGCUCCAGCUACAAGUCAAGCCCUGAGCCCCUCGCAAAUUUUCAACGAUAAAAUCUCUCUCAUUCGAAACGACAUAACCAAGCUGCAAGUUGACUGCAUCGUCAACGCAGCAAACGAAUCUCUUCUCGGCGGCGGCGGUGUCGAUGGUGCUAUCCACAAAGCUGCGGGUUCAUACCUGUAUAACGAAUGCCGUACCCUGCGCGGCUGCGAAACGGGGGACGCGAAAAUUACCUCCGCCUACGACCUCCCCUGCAAGAAAGUCAUCCAUACCGUUGGUCCCGUGUAUCGUCUCGAGGAAUGGCCCGAGUACUUGUUACGGAGCUGCUACCGGCGCAGCUUGGAGUUGGCUGUGGAGAACAAUAUGAGGAGUAUUGCUUUCCCGGCUGUCAGUACCGGUGUCUAUGGAUAUCCCUCUGAGGAGGCUGCGUUGGUUGCGCUUGACGAGGCACGCCAGUUCUUGGAGAAUCCGGACAACAUAGGCCAGUUGGAGAGGAUUGUGUUUUGCAACUUUGAGCGCAAGGAUGAAAAGGCCUAUGAGAAGUGGUUUCCUAAAUUCUUCCCACCAACGGAACAGGACCUCCCCCAAUCAAGCACCCAGCAAAACUCCCAGAAAGCCGAUGGUGAGUUCUCACCAUCGCCUGAGAUCCUCGCAGCCAAGCUCCCUGAUCCGCCCACCGAGGACCCUAACCUGGACGGUCAAUCGCAAGCUAAGAGACAGAAACUUGAUUCAGAUGAACUUGGAAAUAGCAGCAUAACCAUGAUCGACGAGAGAAGUGAGGAUGAAUGGGAGGAGGUCAAUAGAUCCGAGGACGAGGGUGAUAAGUUUGAGAGACUUAGGAGUUCCGAAGUAAUUGAUAAAUCUGAGGAAACGGAUGAUGAGCCUGUUGAGGUUGAUCGUGCUUCGUCGGCGGCUGACGUGCACAGUGUACAGUCUAGUGGGAUUUUGGGUAUGGAUGGAUCUCAUGAAUAUCGUCCAGUAGGCAAUAUGCUGGAGAAAGAUUGGUAG